UCUAAAAUGGAAUUAUAAAAAAAAAAAAAAAAUUCAUAUUCCUAGAAUGGUUCAAUUGUCCAAUUGUUUUCAAGAGUUAUGAACGAUGAUUUUCAAGUUAGAACUUUCACUACUUUGUAAAAAGAUCACCUGUCGCUCAAACAAACAGGAGAAACGUUCGUUAUCUCCUGAGAGAGCCCCUCAAAGGAAAAUUGUUCGAUUUUCUGGGCUCUCUCGUUGAGCAUUUUAUCAUUUUCGAAUUGCAUUCGGUCGAAUCAAUUCUCGACAGGUUGCGAUGUGGUCACCUUUUUGAUUGUUAGCCUUGAGUGUUAUUAUUUAUCAAGGUUAUUAAUUAAAAAAAGGUAAAUUCUAGGUAGGUUCAAAUCCGCCACAUUACGCUUAGAUCUUUCCUACUGCUUAUGAUAAGGGUAACGGUCGUUGUCCCUUGAGACAGCUUAUAAAAAGGAAAAUUGUUCGAUUUUCUGGGCUGUCUCAGAAAGCAGUUAUUUGAUGAUAUGCCGGCCGGAUAUCUCAAAUAGAAUUCGUUCGAAUUCAUUCUCAAAAGAAAGGAAACAAAGUAUUGAAAUAAUAACAGUAAUGAUAAUAAUCAUAAUCGUUUUCAACUUGAGUGGACAAUAACCUCAGAAUUCAUAUUCCCUUUUUUUCCACUGAAAUAUCAACUGGAAGCUUAUUCAGUUUAUUUUAUAGUGUAUAUCAAUUCUAUUGCACUGGCUAUUCGUGGAAUAUCAGUUGGAAGGCCUGUUGGUAUGUCCAAUACUAAUUAAAAUGAAAGCAUUUCUUAAAUCGAAAUAAUAAAUUCCCUCAUAGGAUUUCCUAUAGUGGAUAUUCCAAAGUCAGCGGUUCUCACAAUCAGUAUCAACUCAAGUUUAUGAAGCUGUCAACGCUCCUUGAGAUUGUUUAUGUUAUCGAGAGCCGAGCCAGAGUUUCUCUCUGGCUGAGUUGUAAUUCAAUGGGCCUAUUCGAAUAUUUAGGGAUUCGAAUUAGAAUAUUGGUUGAAGUCAGUUUUUUUUGAUUUUACAGAUAAUCUUGAACACGAAUCUCAACCUAAUAUCUUGGAGCCUGAAAUAAAUAUUGUCGAAGAAAAUUCGACCGCUUUGGAUAGUGAUCUUCCAGAACAGAAUUUAAGCGUAUUGGGUCUCAAGCCAAAUGUUGACAGUAUCGAUGGUGAACCAAUUCAUGAUGAAAUUGCCAUUCGUUGGAAUUCCUAUUUGUUGAAGGGUUUAACGAAAGACCAGCGAAACGAUCUUCAUAAAACUUAUAAAAUCCCUGUAAAUUGUAAAGCUCUGCUCCCUCCACAGGUUAAUAGUGAAAUCAAAGCUUUAUUACCUAAAUCCGCACAGGAACAUGAUAAAUAUAUGGCCAACUUACAACAGCAGCAGGCUCACGGCCUAUCAGCCUUAGGCACCCUACUACAAAACAUGCUUCCUAACUUAGAACAAUCGGAAAAUGUCAAGAUUUUAGCAGACGCUUGUCAAUUGUUUAGCAACGUUCAUCAUGACAUAUCGGCUCACCGAAAAUAUAAAAUAAUUCCCCAUUUGAGUUACGAUUGUAAAAAGGUCGCGAGAAGUAUGGAGAUGGAUGAAUUCCUUUUCAACAAAACUUUCGCAGAGGCGGUUAAAACGGAGCAGUCUUUAAAGAAGGCCAGUGCUGUCUUCAAAAAUAAGAAAUCUUGGCAACAGCCGUAUUCACAACCUGGACCUUCAGGUUCACAGACUCCCAAGAAUUAUUUAAACGAACAGCGUCCAAUUUACAAGGGACGCAAAAAGGAGAGGGGGGAGAAAAAGGAGAAGAAUUCGUUAGAUCACCGCCCCAGAUACAGGAACACAGCCAAGAAAUUUUACAAACGAUAUUAAGUCCCACGUCAGAGAGAGAGUCAUCCACUUCACAAGGAGAUUUCCCUGGUGGCGGGGAAAUUAUUCGGAAGACUCUUCUGAAUAAAGGGGUUCCUGAGUGUGCCAUUGAUGUCAUGAUCGCAUCUUUAACAAAAAGCACUAUGAAGCAGUAUUCAGCAUGUUUCAAAAAGUAUUGGAAUUUUUGCCUAAGUAAAGGACAAGAUCCAUUUGUGUAUAAAUUACAAACUUACUUAGAAUUUUUAUCAGAACACUUAAACCAAGGAAAUUCCUUUUCGGUAAUCAAUUCAUAUAGAUCAGCGUUAAAUUUAAUAUUUGGUCCUUUAGAAACCGGUGAUCAGAAAAUAAUAACAAGAUUUUUGAAAGGCGUUGCCAAUGUUCACCCACCAAGACCUAAAUAUUCUUUCACGUGGAACCCUGAUCCGGUCCUGGAACACUUAGAAUCAUUAUACCCUUUAGAAAAUCUAACUAUAGAAUUGCUAGUAAAGAAACUUGUCACACUUAUGGCUCUGACUUCAGCUAGUAGGGUACAAACACUCUCAGUAAUAAAACUUGAGAACAUCAAUAUUAAGCCAGACAAAAUUGAGAUAAAAAUUCCGGAAAGAAUAAAAACGACUGCCCCAGGUAGAUAUCAACCAUUGUUGAUUUUUCCAUUUUUUAACAAUAAUCCGAAACUGUGUGUAGCCUCCACUAUUGUAGCAUAUAUAAAUCAAACACAGUUGUGUCGCAAAGAUGUGAAGAAUCUCAUAUUGACCUUAAGAAAACCUAUUCACGCUGCAUCUUCACAGACCAUAAGUCGCUGGAUCAAAAAGACCUUGUAUGAUGCAGGAAUAGAUACAUCAGUCUACUCUGCCCAUAGUAUAAGGCAUGCAUCCACAUCAGCCGCUUUUAGGGCUGGUGUAAAUAUCGAACAAAUUCGAAAUACGGCAGGUUGGACACCGACUUCAAAAACUUUUUUCAAAUUUUACAAUAGACCCUUGAAAGAACCUAACGAUAAUUUUGCCAGGGCAAUUAUGAACCUGGGCAAAUAAUUUUUUUUGUAAUUUCAUGUUACUUGAUAGUACCUGUACCUUUUAUUAUUCUGUCUCAAUUAAAGACGAUUCUGGAACUGUUACUUUAAUUCCAGAUUGUGAUGAUUCACUCUGUAUGAAAUAUUCAAUUUAUAUACUGAAUAUAUUUUAUUCGAAAAA